AUGUGCUUCGGAUGGAAUUCCAUGUUUCAAUGUGAAAUUGCAACCCACUAUAUAUCUGUUGUAGGACUGUCUGGCACCCCACUCUCGGCUCUGUUGCAUGUGGAUGGAACUGUAGUUUUGAAUGGAACUGCUGGUAUUGGUGCAAAUGUCCUACUAGCUACUGGGGCAAAUGAUUCAUCAGAUUGGCUUCGUCGCAAUGAUUCAUAUACACGGACCUUUUGCACCAGGAGCAAUAUUGCUAGGACCGACACAGACACUGUGAUAACAGACGAUGCUGCCAUGGUCUCGCCUGGUAGUGCAAGAAAACAGAAAAAAAGAGAGAGGGAGCGAAUUAGGUUUGCAACAAUGUCCAUUGAGGAAAGGACCGAAAGGAAUACCAAGGAAAGGGAAAGAUACAAUAUUAUGAAAAGUGCAGGCCUGACAUUUCAGUCACCAGUCCUCGGCACAAAAGAACCUUGUUUCACUCAAGAGUUUGGGCUGGCCCCUGCGAUAGAUGAAAAAGAUGAAGUAUCGCGUGAAAGCAUUAAAAAAGAUAGGGACAGGAAGAGGUAUGCUGAGAUGCCGCCUCUGUUAAGACAUGAAAAGAUAGUCAAAACUAAUGAAGGAAGACGCCAGAAGAACAAUUAUUUGACAGGUGAACAAAUAAAUACGCCUGUUACCGGGAACUUACAGUCUGUGUUGACGCAACAGAAGUCUCCUCCAUUAACUAGGGCACGCACUAGAAAUGUGGAUGGAGAUGAUCAGUUUGACUCGGGAUUAUGGGAACCAGAUGAUCCAAUGCAUGGUGUUGAAGAAAAUGAUUUUGAUCAACUGAACCCCGAGGAUUAUGGACCUGCUGAUAUAGAGGACGACGAAGCACGCGUAUUUCAUCACCAGGAUUUCCAGUACCAGUAUGUGUUGAUGCUGAUAUUGGGUACAGAGGUUCAGAUCCGUAUGAUGCAGUGUACAAGGAUCUUCCAAAAAAACAUCAUGUUCUGAAAAAGGCAAAAAAACUGUCAAUUCUGCCAUGCAAAGAGGUUCUCAGGUGAAGGGCCUGCCUUCUGUUGCAGGAAAGGGAAGGUUAAUAUAUAUAUUCCAGAGAUACCGGUUGAGCUCCGCCGCUUGUUUGCCAGUUAGACUGACAACGAUGCAAAAUAUUUUAGGAAGCACAUUCGUUAUUUUAACAGUCACUUCUCAUUCACAAGCUUUGGAGUUUCCAUUGAUCAUAAUCUCGCAUCUGCAAGAGGUACUGGUGUCUAUUGUUUUAAAGCACACGGUCAGAUUUAUCAUAGAUUGGAUCAGCUUAUUCCUGGUGGGAGAGGGCCAUGACAUAUGCAACUAUAUUUUUAUGACACUGAUGAGACCAUUGCGCAUA